AUGGCGAUAGAGGAAGGUUCACAUUUGACUCACAACGCCCUUGAUCUUGAAAGCGACAUAAACGAUGAUGAAUACUUAGAUAUUAGCGACAAAUCUAUACAAGAUAUUACAGAAAUACUGCUAGGCCAAAUUGGAUUCCUGCUGGAACUCGGACCAAGACUAAAGGAACCCGUUCCGGAAUACCUCACUGAAGAACAGCCGGGCUAUCCUGAGCUACUUUCUCCCUGGAAGCCUGAAGAGCUAUUUACUAAUAGGAUAUUGGAAAAAUUCCCAAAAUGCGACACCCAUCUAGCUGCUGCUCUUGGAGAAGCGAAUUGGCGAUCCAUUGAAAGGCGAACAUCAGACCCUGAAAAUACGAUGAUACGGGUAGAUGCCGAUAAAGUAAUCGUUUUCCAUGACUCUACCUUAGGAAAAAGCCUCCAACCUAGAAGCUUCUCAGCCCCUACUGUGGUAUCCUACGGCGACAAUGAGGAGACUAGAGCGAGGAUACCCCAACUACCAAGUGAUGCAGAAGAAGGGGAAUCGUUCGAGUGCAUUGCAUGUAGGAGGUGGAUAGAGGAACGAGAUAUGAAGACAUGGAAACAGCAUCUUUUUGCCGAUCCCCAGCCAUGGGUUUGCUUCCAAACGGCUUGCCCAUGUGGAUUUGCGCCAUUCCAAACGCGAUCGGAAUGGAUCAAGCAUCUGUAUAAAGGGCAAGAGCUGCACUCGGAGUGGGAUGAUAAAACCUGUCCCAUCUGUCUCGUGGUUAUUGACGACGGUAGCCUCGCGACUAUUUCUCACGUGGCACACCAUCUAGAAGAGAUAGCACUUGCAUCGCUGCCAUGCAACCUCAACGAUGAUAAUCAGAAUGAAAGCGGAAUAGCAGCAGAUGACAUGUCAUCAAAUUACAACACCGUUAACCCCAAAUUUGGCCAUGCGUUUAAGCAAGAUGACUCGACGCAAUAUUCUUCCACAUCUAGUUUCAGACCCGAACCUGAGCUCGAAGCCCCAGAAACUCCACUAGAUAAGAAAGAGAAACUUCCAGAUAUUGUUAAUAACUCUGUUGGGAAAGGAGAAGGGGGCGGAGGCGGAGGAGGAUUGAGGGCGAAAGAAUCUGGCUGGUAUUGUUAUGGUUACCAUUUUGGUCCAAUGGCCAUCGAUAUGAUUCCCUACUACAUUAAUUGCCAAGAUCAUAGAAGGUUACACAUAUCUAUGGAUUCCAACGAAGACCUAUGUCGAGACAUGUCGAUACAAAUAAUAGACGACUCCCACGUCGUCUACAACGACAAUAGCGGUUCAGAUAACGAAAGCGAUGCCAGCGAUGGCGAGAACUUAUGCAUUUACAGCAUACCUCUACACAACUCUUCUUCCAUGUCUAAUGACGGCUAUGGGUCUGAAACUAGAGCGCUGAACGAGCGACUGAAAAAGAAGAUGCUUCCAGGCGUCGUUUAUGGAUCUGUCUCAAAAACGAUCGCGCCUUCUACGACACAAAGUGUUUGGUAUUUGCUCAUGCAAGUUUGGCCCAAUGACCAUAGAAGUAACUCCUUGCUGCCUGAACUGCCAUAG